AAGCAGCCGGAAAUCCUGGCCGAAGUCACGGCGGCUGACAGACUUCCGAAAACAGUCGUGCGACCGAAGAAACGGACGGAAACAACACGGAGUUUAAUUAUAAGAUUCGUGAAUGGUGUCAUUUCCACGACAGUUCGUUCAUGGAUGAUGUAUUACACCUGGUUGAUGGUGAAAGAGGCCAGACGGGUACUAAGCAAUGGGCACAAGACUCUGAAACACUGAACAACACAGACUCUGAACCAAAUCGCCAAGCAGCUGUUGACGAAGUCUCUGCUGAAGCGGGCCCUCUCGACGUGAAUUACCAGUCCAAAGAUGGGAGCUUAAUAUGGAGUCCGUCUCCUAUCCAAACAGCAGGGACGUUACCGGUUGAAUGUGCCAUCAAAAAGACCCCUGGGCCAACCAAGUUUUCAUGUUCUCGUGCUGAAGACAUAAAAUCAACGUUUGAUUUAUUUUUUUCAGAGUCUAUGAGAAAGACUUUGAUUACCUUGACCAAUCUAGAGGCACAACGUGUGUUGGGUAAAGGCUGGAAAAAGCUGGACUGGAAAGACAUACAGGGAUAUAUUGGCCUUUUGAUUCUGGCAGGCGUGUAUCGAUCCCGCCAUGAGCCUUUAGCAAGUUUAUGGCAAGGCGAGACUGGAAGGCCAAUUUUUUGUGCUACCAUGCGAAAGGGCAGGUUUAUGACCUUAUCAAGGAUCAUCUGCCUUAGUGACAUGGACAAAAGACGGAAAAAGCGUGACAAACUGGCGGAAAUUAGAGAUUUCUGGGAGAAGUGGGUUAAAGGCCUGCGACUCGUGUUUAAUCCAGGUCCAGAUGUUACUGUGGGUGAUUAUCUGGUCCGUUUUAGAGGUCGCUGUCCCUUCAGAAAUUUCAUGCCCCAAAAACUGGGCAGAUAUGGAAUUAAACUCUGGGCAGCAUGUGAUGCCAGGACAAGCUAUGUGUGGAACAUGCAGGUCUACACUGGUAAACCUGAUGAUGGACAGCCAGUAAACAAUCAGGCGAAGCGUGUGGUCCUAGACAUGACGUCUGGUCUCCAGGGACACACCAUCACAUGCAACCGUUUUUUCACCUCGUAUGCUCUUGGUCAGGAGCUGCUCAAAAAGAACCUGACCAUGAUUGGACCAGUAAGGAAAAAUAACACAGAACUCCCACUUGCAUUUCUAUCAUACAAUAAAAGGGCUCAAUACUCGUCUGAGUUUGCCUUCACUGACACACAUACUGUUCUGUCUUAUUUUUCUGAAAGAAAAAAUGUGCUUUUCAUGAGCACGCAUCACAAAGAUGCCACAGUAAGCAUCAGGGACGACCAUAUGCCCAAAAUAAUAUCAGACUACAACCGGACAAAAGAUAGCGUUUCUAACCUCGAUAAGGUUCUUGGCAAAUACUCCUGCAAAAAAACAUCAUCACGUUGGUCCAUGGUACUUUUUUACCACAUGUUGGAUGUCUCUGCCUACAAUGCAUUUGUUUUGUGGACAGAAAUAAAUCCUUCAUGGAACAGAGGGAUGAGCAACAGAAGGAGGCAUUUUCUGGAAGAGCUAGGGAAUGCUCUGGUGUUCCCAUUAAUGGAAAGACGACAGUAUAUUCCCCGCACACCAGCCUCUCUCUGUUUGCUGAAGGAAGCACAACAUUUGAAAGGAGAUGACGCCCCCACCGCACCUACCCAGAGCAAAAGGAAAAGGUGUCGGGCAUGUGGCAAAAAAAACAGAAAAACUAGCAUGAUGUGCCAAAAAUGCAAAAUGCCCAUUUGCAAGGAACACGCGGUCAUAACGGUCUACUGCCUAGUGUGUGCGAAUCCAUGAAGAGAAUUUCGUGAACAUUUCCCCAUUUUUUACUGUUAUGGUUACCAUUUGUUUAUUAAUGGUAAUUAUUGUUCACUUUUGUUAAGUUUGUGGCUAGAAAAUGUUUACGCAAGUAUUUUAUUUGUACACAGAUUGAAUUAUCACUACGUAUACCUGUUGUUUGCUCGUUAUUGCUGUUUGGUUUCGUGACCUUUUUACUAGUUUAUUUAAUUAAGUUAUUGAAUUUAUGUAUAUUUGUAUAGAAUUUGUUUUAAUAAAUGUUUCAAAUGCUCAGUAAUACCAGGGUCAUAUUUGUUGCAAUCAUUGCAAAAAAGUUAAAAAAAAUAUCUUCACAGUCAAUAGUCUUUGAUGGUGAAUUAUUAUCCAAAUAACUGUAGAAAUGGUUCAGUCAUUUGUGGAUCAGUGCAGCCACAAGUGUCAUUUGAUGUCAUUGUUUUCUCAGCAGAUGUUAAUGCAUAACUAUAUAAAUUAAUAUAAAUAUAUAUU